UCGCGGUCGGUGAAGAUGUCGUCUGGCACGUGCUCCACCGUUGAGCCCGCGGGCGCGGGAGAGAUCAUGCUGUUCGGCGUGCGCUUGGUGAUCGAUUCCAUGAGGAAGAGCGUCAGUUUGAACAAUCUCUCGCAGUACGAGCAGCCUCAGGAGGCCGCCUCUAACAACGGAAAUAACGGCACCGCCGCCGGAAAGGAUGACGCGGCGCCCGGUUACGCCUCCGAGAACGACGUCGUUCACAAUUCUGGCGGGAAUCGCGAGCGCGAACGCAAGCGAGGGGUUCCAUGGACGGAGGAAGAGCACAAGCUUUUCUUGUUUGGAUUGCAGAAAGUAGGGAAAGGAGAUUGGAGAGGGAUCUCAAGAAACUUCGUGAAGACUCGCACCCCGACUCAGGUUGCCAGCCACGCACAGAAAUACUUUCUGCGCCGGAGCAACCUCAAUCGCCGGCGCCGCAGGUCUAGCCUCUUCGACAUCACCACUGAUACGGUCGCUCCAACUCCAAUGGUUGAAGAGCAAGUACAGCAUCAAGAUAACAUAUCUCAGUCUCAGUUGCAUCCGUUGCCACCCCCGCCACCAUCCGAGUCUCGCAAUGCUGGUGGUUUUUCGAUGGUGCCAAAUUUUCCAAGGACUGUAGGUCCAGCUGUCUUGCCAGUUCACAUUGAGAACCCAAUGGGAAAUCUAGCUCUUCGACAAGCAAAUCCCGAGAAUAGUACUUCGGCCAAGCUCGUCCAUCCAGUUGCCCUUCAUUUGGCCCCUCAUGCAACCGCAAUAUCUGACCUAAACUUGAACUCAACAACGGACACAUCGACCCUAACUCUCAACCUCUCCUUGUCAGUGGACUCGAGGGAACCGUCGUCAAGGCAUUCGGCUUUCCAGACAAUGCCAGGAUUCAGCAACGGGGAUAGCAUGAUCAGUGUCGCUUGAGAGUGUCGAUUUGGGGGAAUGGUUUAUAAUUUAGGCAUGGUAAAUUAGGUGACUGAACUGUUUUUCUUCUUCUAGAUUGUUGUACAGACCCUUCAAGAUAAUAUUAUGUCCUUUUCUUGCUGUU